UGUAAGCGCUUAUCAGAUCAGAUUCGCGGCGUCGCAUGGCAUGGAGAACGGAUACGCGUAUCGAACGAACGAACUAACCUAGUAUCUAACGUAAUACCGCGUGGCGGGUCAUGACCUGACAUAGGUAGGGCCAGGGAAGCGGUGGACGGACGGGGAGCUUGUAGCUAGCCUCGAUGGGGGGAUCGUGUUCCACGCGCACGAACGCACACGGAAGAACAAGGGGAAGAAGGGAGAAGGAUAGAGCGGCACAACAAGGCGUUGCGUGAAACGUGCUCUUGCCUCGGCACCCGGAAAGUUGCCGGUCAGCCCGGGAUUAACCUAUAUGGGCGCCCGCCGGGGCGACGACGAGGAUGUGAGCGUUCCUGUUCUAUACAUACCCAUUGAUCGCGGGACGGGCGGUCGGGCGGCGGCGGCGAUUGGAUCGUGGGGAGGUACUACAGGGCUGAGACGCAGGCGCUCGUAUACGGAGUGAGGGGUAAAACGUAACGGGCAGCGUAAGGUAAAGGUAUAGUAGGACGGGGGAUACAUAUAAACAACAAGAAAGGAAGUGGGCGGUGGUGGUGGGUGGUUGAUGUAUAUAAAGGACCGUGGCUGGAACCGUGCUGCUGCAGCCGCCGAAAAGAGUGUUGUUUGCUGCUGCAUGGCAACGAUCUCACGAGAAUAACACUGCAUCCGGAAUACGCCACGACAUCGAAGCACUACGAGAUCACAAUAAGGAACAAACCCACGCCGCGAGUGAACCAUGACCGUCACAGCAGCAACGACGACACCGACCCCGACCCCGGCGCCGGCACCCACCGACUGGCAGACCCGGGCGGCGGCCAAGCGAAAGCAGCGCGAUGAGGCGAUCCCCGUGGCGUGGCGACUGGGCGACGAGGUGCUCGCAUCACUGCAGACGCCGCUCGAGAGUAACAGGAACAACGUCUUGGACGUGCCGCGCCGGAGCGGCAUCCUAAGCGAGCGGGAGCUGCACAUCACGGAGGGCUACGACGUGAAAAGCUUGCUCGCGGCGCUGGCGGGCGGGGACAUGACAGCCGUGGAGGUAACGGCGGCGUUUAGCAAGCGAGCGGCCAUUGCACAGCAAGUGACCAACUGCCUCACCGAGACGUACUUUGCCGGCGCGGAAAAGAGGGCGCGUGAGCUCGAUGCCCUGCGUGAGGGGGGCCAGCUGGCGGGCCCUCUACACGGCCUACCCGUUAGCAUCAAAGACUCGUUCCAAGUGACCGGGUCGCAGGCCACCAUCGGCCUCGUGGGGUUUCUGGACCGGACGAGCGAGGCUAACUCGGCGCUGGUGGACAUGCUGUUGGGGCUGGGAGCGGUGUUGUACUGCAAGACGAACGUGCCUCAGACAUUGAUGACGUGCGACUCGCAGAACAACGUCUUUGGCAGAACGCUCAACCCGUGGAACACGAGCCUCGGGGCCGGAGGAUCGAGUGGUGGUGAGGGCGCAUUGGUAGCCAUGCGCGGGUCGCCUCUUGGGGUUGGAACCGAUUUGGGCGGCUCUGUUCGCAUCCCAGCGCUGUGCUGCGGCACGUACGGCUUCCGCCCGACGACGGGGCGCAUCCCCUACGGCCGACAGGCGCGAUGUGCGACGCCGGGCCACAAGACCAUUGUGUCGUGCGCGGGCCCAUUGGCCAACGACAUGGAUAGCAUGGGCGUGUUCCUCAAGAGCGUCAUCGACGCGCGACCGUGGCUUCACGAUGCGACGGCAGUCGACGUGCCGUGGCGGGACGUGUCGAGAGACUUUGUGGGACGGAAGCUUCGUCUGGGGCUCCUGGCUGAAGAUCCAGUCUUCCCGCUGCACCCCCCGGUGCGCAAGGCCGUCGCCGAGGCGGUGCGCCUCCUUGAGGCGGCGGGCCACGAGGUAGUGCGGCUCACGGUGGAGGAAGGCCAGAUGGCGACGGCAGCGCAGGUCGCGUGGCACCUGUUCGCGCUUGACGACGGGCCGGCGCGGACAGUGGCCGCAGCGGGCGAGCCUCCUAUCCCGUCGCUGCUGUGCAUGGCGGAGCGGGUGAGUGGCUUGGACAUGAGCUUCGUGGCCGACGUACCGGCAGCGGCGGUCGAUGGCGGGUUGAAGCGGCUGGCGGCGCUUAACGUGAAGCGGCACGAGAUCGAGGACCGGUGGAGGAGAGUCUGGGUCGAGCGCGGGCCCCUGGACGGCGUGGUGGCGCCGUCGGCGCAGAACACGGCCGUGGAGCACGACGAGUAUGGCGCGCCGCCGUACACGCUGCUGCUCAACGUGCUGGACUAUCCGGCAUGCGUGAUUCCCUUUGGCAGGGCGGACGAGUCGACAUCGGCCGAGCCGUUUGAGCUAGCUGAGGGGCAGACUGCGCCGCCGUAUCACCCGGAGCGGAUCCGCGGAGCGCCGUGCUCGAUUCAGGUAUUUGCAUCGACGAUGCGAGAUGAAGAGUGCUUCGAGGUGGCCAGGGUGGUGGAUGUGUGUGUCAACGCGAGCAGAGCCAAGUCGUAAUGAGGGCGGAUCCAGCACAAGGCACCUGCCGAGGAGGUUGUUCCCGCGGUGGAGCACAAUCACCUUGGGGCAGGGUGAGGUGAGGCAGGUUAGCCCUCGGGUAGCACGUAGUAGCGUGGUCGAUGGGCUGCAAUUUGUAAUAGAGUCGUGAUCGUGG